UUCAGCGGUUUGGCAGUGUAUAACAAAAAUCGUUAAAAAGUAUUUAAAAAGAGCUGAAUAUAUAGACACCUGUUUGUUAUAAAAAAUACAAAAAACUAAACAAAAUCUUAUCAAAAGAAGAUUAAAUUUAGCCAGUACAAUUUUAAUUGGAUUACUUGCUGAUAGUGUUUUGAGUGCCCAGUAAAACCACGAAAUAAUAAAUCAAUCAAUUGCAGACUAACGUUAAAAAUAUGACAAUUACUUGUGUAUAUUUUUAGGCGUCCGCUUAGUCAGCAACAGUAGUGUAUGAAGACAAUAUGAAUCCAGCCAACGCAGAUACACCACCCGUUAUAAGGCCAUUGACGCCCGCUCUUCAAGAAGUGGCUAUUAGAGAAUUGAAUGAGAAUCCGAAACAAUUGGCUGACGAUGUCUUAAGAUUAAGGCAAUGGAUUUUAAGUCAGCCCCAUUUGAAGGCCCGAACAAAUGAUCAAUUUUUAUUGGCAUUUUUAAGAGGAACAAAAUUUAGUCUGGAGCGGUCUAAACAGAAAAUUGAUCGUUAUUAUACCUUAAAGGCGGCCAUACCGGAAGUAUUCAAUGAGAAGAGAGUAGUUGAUGAUCCACAAGUUUUAGAAAUAUUAAGAAUGGGCAUAAUCCUACAAAUACCUAUACCCGAAGAUGAGGGCAGACCUUGUGUUACGAUUAUAAGAGCUACAGCAUAUGAUACGAGUAAAUAUAAAUUUGAGGAUAUUAUAAGGGUGGGUUCUAUGUUUGGUGAAAUCAUGAUGAUAGAAGAUGAUAACUCCACGGUUUGUGGUUAUAUGGAAAUUAUGGAUAUGGUGGAUGUAUCGGGAACACAUUUGUUUAAUUUACAACCUGACUUAUUAAAAAAGUUUUCAGUAUUUGCCGAUGAGGCUAUGCCCAUGCGCCAAAAGGGAACUUGUUUUAUAAAUGUACCAGGACCAUUUGAAAGAGGUUUCAAUACUCUAAAGGGAUUCUUUCCAGAGAAAAUGAAAAGUCGGAUUUCAGUUUGUUCCACAGCUGAUAUUAUAUACGAUCACGUGCCUCGAGAGUAUUUACCGGAAGAAUAUGGCGGCACCAAUGGCACUAUGCAGGACAUAAUCGACCGUAUGGAAGCGAAAUUAAUGAAAUAUCGUGAUUACUUUUUGGAUGAACCCAAUUAUGGUACUGAGGAAAAAUUACGAGAGGAUGGCUUACCAUUUGAUUAUGAAAGUUAUUUUGGUAUAGAGGGUUCUUUUAAACAAUUGGACAUCGAUUAAUUGGUUGCUCUACUUCCACUUCUUUACUAAACACAAAUUGCUCGUUUCAUUGUUAUACUUACUGUUACUACUACUACUUCUUUUUCGUCUUCUUUAUAAUUAGUUUAAUUAAUUCCUAUAUAUGUUAUUUAUUAUCCUAAUUGUUGUUUUAUUUUUAUUUGCAGUUUUAAUAAUAACUCCUCAUAGCAAAAUUUAUCUAAGACAUAAAAAUGUAAAUUUAACCAAAGAUAUAUUAUAGUAUUAUUAUUAAUAUUGUUUAACAUCUGUUGUGAUGUUUUCUUUUUAUGUUUAAAUAUUUUAGUUUGUUUAGUUUAUAAAUGUUGUUUUAAUGUUACUAAGUUUUCUUUUCUUCUUUCUUUUUGUUAAUUUUUAAAAAUUCUUUUACAGAUAUAUGGAUAGAGCCUAAGAGAAGAUCAUGGUUGAAGACAUUUUUUGGUUUAUUUUAAUAAUAAAGAUGUGAAAUGAAGUGGAAA